AAAUGUGUAGAUAGUGUCUCUUCAGACAGAGCUCGCGUUCCGAGCUGCCGCAUACCUCCAUCGAUAAAUUAAUGUUCUGAUUGGUUUAUUCAUUACGUGUUUAUAUUCUAUCACUGACUACUAAUUACUAAUUACAUUUUGAUUAUUACAACAUUUGACCAUUUGACGCAACUAUAAGUGCAGUGAGGCGACUGUGUGUAUAGUUUUUAAGACAUUGUAUCACCAUGAGUAUAUACGGAGGCAGCCCCGGCUUCCUGAGCGCGCUCGGCUGCGGGCACGCGCUGCUGGAGCCGGCGUGCCCGGGCUACUCCGCGCGCACCAUGCGCCGCGCGUUCAUCGUGUGGCUGCACACCGGCCAGCAGAACGACUUCCAGCAAGUCUGCAACUACUACCACCGGCUCGAACUUCUCGAGAACAAGAUGCCAGAGGAGCAGCGUGCGGUGAGCAGGCUGCACGAGUACACCCUGGUGGUGGACACCCCGCCGUCCACCAUGUUCGUGAACAGGACCUUCCCGCGGCUGUACGCGCCCGGCACCGACGCCGAGCCAGACAACCUGAAGCGGCUGCUGCAGAUGCGGGCAGACGACUGCGUCUUCAACUACGACGGCUUCAACGCCAUGCAGAUCGACAGCACCACCACCAGGCACGACAUCAUCAAAGCCAGCCUCCUCAUCAGAAAGUACUGCAAAGAUUACUCCAAAUUCCUUACAGCAUUUUAUCCAGAAUUCCAAGACUUCAUCAGAAUAACUGGAAUGGUAAAUUCUGUCUCCAACCUGGUGAUGUACAUCAGGCAGAGAUAUCUUAAAGAUGAACUGGUUCUUGCGCUGUCGAUGCCGAAGGACCAUGCCUACUUGAACAUUAAGGCUGGUCCGAGGGCAGUCGAGAAGAUGAACUUCAGACGGCUGAUCAGGGAGUGCAGGAAAGACGAGGCUUUCCUCUUCAGCGCGGAGUUCAAUAAUCCGAGGAAGUCUCCCGUCAAAUUGGAGGACCUCCCCACGAGCGUGCGCUCCUUCAUUUACGGUAUUUAACAUGGCAUUUGAUAAUCUCAUUAAUCAUGUAAUACUUUAGUUAUAAGUUUGUAAAGUCCUACUUCGUUAGGCGAGGGUAAUGGGAUAUUUUUAUUUUGUAGCAAAAUUUACUGCCACUACAGUACCUGGUUGUAUACUACUACCUACUGAUUAUAAUUAUUAAAGCUAAUUAUGAUAUAUUUAGACUUAACUACUGACUUACAUAUUUGACUUUUUACUUUUCUGAUCAGGCACUAAAGUGGAAUUGAAUUGUUAAGUCAUGUUCUUUGGGAAAGGCAUUAGUUGUAAGAAAAGCAUUCACAUUUUGGUGGCCUCUAUCAUCCAAGUAGAACUUGUAUACUAUAAUAUAGUUCCUCUGAUAUAUCUGAAUAAUCUUAUUGUUACCUUUCUAGUAAAGAAUAAUGUCUAUUAUAUAUUUUACAAGUUCACUAUGUAUGUAUUGAUGUGCCGUUACUUAGCACUUCCAAUAAUAAAUCACAGAUGGCGCUGUUCAGUAGUUUAUACUGAGUACAAUUUUGAUUAUAAUAUUUUUAUACCAAGUUUCUUUCUUUUUAUAAUUAUUUUGACAUGUGAACAUACUGUACUUAUGUGUAUUUUGAUAAUUUUAAGAAACAUGUUUUUGUGUAAAAUACGGACAUUAAAAUUGAAUGUGACCAGAA